UGGGUGUGUACGUUCUUUGAUUCUUUAUCUGACAAUGUGGCCACAAUGUUUCGUUCACCUGGCCAAAUAGUGGAGUAGGGUGUGACGUCCAACAUAAAAAAGGAGGAAGACAAGUAGCGGGACCGUCAUCGUCCUCCAGCAAACGCUCGCGACCCCGCCACUCCCUCCGUAUUCAAGCGUCACCUUCCGCCUCACACAGAUGUCGCCCUCGGUCCUGCUGCUCCUGGUCAUCUGCCUCAGUGCAGUUCAGGCUGAACCGUCCGCACCGACCAGGACGUACAGUGUUUUGGACCGGAACACCAACACGCUAGUGGAAUGUGACUUUUGUCCUCCAGGAACAUUCAUGGUCUCCAGCUGCACAACGACGCAGGCGACCAGGUGCUCUCCGUGUCCCGCAGGCUCCUACGUCGAUUUUUGGAACAUCCAGAUGUCGUGUCUGCCCUGUACAACCUGCGACUGGACCCAAUACCAGACGGCCGAGUGCCGAGCCGACAGCAACCGUCAGUGCCAGUGUCAAACCGGACACUACCAGUUGGAGAACAUGGACACCUGCUUGUCCCACAGCACUUGCCCCCCCGGGGAGGGCGUCCUCCACCAAGGGACGCUGGUCGCUGACACUGUGUGCCAACCGUGUCCAAACGGAACAUUCUCGAACCUUAACUCCGCACAGCACGAAUGUUUCACACACCAGCUUUGCGAGUCAUUAGUGGGGUUCAAGAGCCUCCUACCUGGGACCACCUGGCACAACAGCAUCUGUGUGAAGUGUGACAGCGACCGAGUUGGAGAAGCAGAGGAGUAUUUUGCAGAAAUCCUGCCAGCGUUCUUCGCCUACCACGCUCUUUCUCGUGAUGAGCUGGCCAACAUCCUCUAUAAAAUUAGCGGCAAAACGCUAAAAGCCACGUUUCAUCUGUCAAGCUCAGAGCUGGAAGGGGAGAUCAACACCUGGCUGUCCACUGCCACAACAACACAGCUGGAGCAGCUGCCGCUGAUCGUGCAGAAUUCGGGAGCGAGAACCGCGGGGGAGAAACUUCAGACGCUGCUGAAGCAGAUUAGACAAAAUCUCACCAGUGUUUGUGGAUGAGGUCAAAGAUUGACGGCCGCCGCGGUUAUGUCUGUGCCGACGUGGAAGACACGUCCAUCAUCCAUCCACCAGUCUUCAUGCUAACGGCUCCUCAGAAAGGAGGUUUAGCAUCUCCUGUGCUCGUUGACAUUGAUAUACUUCUGCUUGACCUGUUAUUCUUCUGGAUGUGGGAUUUAACAUAUCAACGGUUUCAGUACAAACCUGUUUCAUGUCAAAUUCUGACAAUAAAACUUCCCUUUCUGGCACAAAACCGCAUCACUAGCAUAAUGGUUAUUAGCA